GCCUCUCUCCUUCCUUCUUCCCCCCGCCCAAGGGAAGAGAGAGGAGCAAGGAAUUUCUCCCUCUUCCCUCUCGCCGGCCGGAGCUCAUCACGCUCAGAAAGCUUUUGUCCCGGCCUGGGAGGGAGGGGGAAGGAGACAACCGGAACGGUGUGAGGAGGAACUGACCAAUCUCUCAGAGAGAGAGAGAGAGAGAGAGAGAGGGGACGAAGAACAGAAAUCGCUUACCGCCGGAGCUUGGAUAUCCUUCCUCCCUGCUCCGGCUGAUUCGCCUCUGCUCUCUCCCUUCUCUCGCGGACGCCAGCGGUCGCGGUGGAGAAGUUUCUUUGUUUGUUUGUGUGUGUUAGUCUUAAUUCUAGAGGAGAAUGCUUUGGCGAUCGAGCAAUCUAAGAUCCUGACCUGAUUUUCUCUCGCUACCGGCUCGUUUCUUCUCCCUGAAUUCGACUCUGUUUGGCGACAAGAGAAAAUGAGCGUGGUGAGCUCGACGAUCCGCGGUAGGGGCGACCGGCGGAGCGCGCUGGGAUCAUGGGGCGGGGACGAGUCGGUGUCGAUUUCCGGCGACGUCGCCGGCGAAUCGGAGAAGAUUCACGUCUCCAUCAGGCUGAGGCCGCUCAACGACAAGGAAAUGGUGAAGAACGACGUCUCCGAUUGGGAAUGCAUCAGUGCCACCACCCUCAUCUUCAAAUCCUCCAUGCCCGAUCGCUCCAUGCUCCCUUCCGCCUUCACAUUCGAUAGAGUGUUCGGGCCGGAUUCCGGCACGAAGCAGGUCUAUGAGGAAGUGGCCAAGGAAGUCGCUCUUUCCGUCGUCAGCGGCGUCAAUGCUAGCAUUUUCGCGUACGGCCAAACGAGCAGUGGGAAGACGUAUACGAUGAGCGGAAUCACAGAGUACGCCAUGGCAGACAUUUUCAACUACACCUACCAGAACCAAGAAAGAGAGUUUGUGUUGAAAUUCUCCGCCAUUGAGAUCUACAACGAAGCUGUUAGAGACUUGCUUAGCUCGGAUCCCAGUCCUCUCAGGCUUCUGGAUGAUCCAGAGAGAGGAACCAUUAUUGAUAAGCUUAUUGAAGAGACGGUUGAAGACUGGAACCACCUGCAGGAACUCCUUUCCAUUUGUGAAGCUCAAAGGCACAUAGGAGAGACUGCUCUGAAUGAGUUCAGCUCCAGAUCACAUCAAAUCCUUAGGCUAACGGUGGAAAGCUGUGCUCGUGAGAACUUUGGUUCAGGGAAUUUGAGCACUCUCACUGCUUCCCUGAAUUUCGUUGAUUUGGCAGGGAGUGAGCGAGCUUCUCAGGCAUGGUCAACCGGUACGAGAUUAAAAGAAGGUUCCCACAUUAACCGCAGCUUGCUCACCUUGAGCACCGUAAUCCGCAAACUAAGCAAAGGGAAAUACGGACACAUACCCUACAGAGAAUCCAAGUUGACCAGGAUACUGCAGAAUUGCUUGGGAGGCAAUGCGAAGACUGCCAUAAUCUGCACAAUGAGCCCUGCCCGUUGCCACGCCGAGCAAUCGAGAAACACGCUCAUGUUCGCCAGCUGCGCCAAGGAAGUGUCGACCAGCGCACAGGUCAACGUGGUGAUGACUGACAAGGCCUUGGUGAAGCAGCUGCAGAGGGAGAUCUCCAGGUUGGAGGGCCAACUUGAGCGCCAGGCCAAAAACAGCUUGGUAGGAACCAUGUCCAAAGCCAACGAUACAGCUGCAUUGCUGAAGGAGAAAGACCUUUUGAUUGAGCAGUUGCAGGGGAAGAUCUCCAGGAUGGAGGGCCAACUUGAGCGCCAGGCCAAGAACAGCUUGGUAGGAACCAUGUCCAAAGCCAGCGAUACAGCUGCGUUGCUGAAGGAGAAAGACCUUUUGAUUGAGCAGUUGCAGAAGGAUAUCUCCAGGUUGGAGGGCCAACUUGAGCUGCAGGCCAACAGCUUGGUAGGAACCAUGUCCAUAGCCAACGAUACAGCUGCAUUGCUUAAGGAGAAAGAACUUUUGCUUGAGCAGAUGGAGCAAGAGAUCAAGGAGUUGACCUGGCAGCGCGAUCUUGCACAAUCGCACAUCGAUAGCUUGCUGAAAUCAGUCAGGGAAGAUCGACUCUACAGAGUGGACGAGAAUUCAGUAUUAGAGGCUGAUGCAGUUCCCGCAAGAAGCAGCAACACCGGUAGGGAGUACGACCAGUUCAGCAUGCCUAAUCCUGUUCCCAAGAGGCAAUUGCUUGAGACCCAAGCAAGUCUCGGAGCUAACUCUCUGCAGGAGGAGAUCCCUCAACGGAGCACCAUCGAGUCAGAGAACAUGUGCAGGGACGUCCCUUGUGCUGAAAUGGGAGAAACUCCAUCAACAAAAAUGGAUAAUACUACAGAUGAACCUGCUGAUGUGACAUUAGCGACGGCUGAGGAAACCAAGGAGCUUUGCGACGUGGGUUCCUAUGACAUACACGAGAUUCUGAAGCGGAGGGUUCAGGAAUUGCAGAAGACGAUAGAAAGUUUGGACAAGUCUUCUCCUUAUAGGUCGGAGAAAGGCGUGUCGUGGACCAGAAGCAAGAGCAAGAAAGUUGUGGUGAUGACUAUUCCCUCGGCACUUUGGUCCAAGAAAGCAGAGGACAAGGAAGAAGACAGUGAAGAGGAGGAUGGUUACGAUGCUAGAGACUCUAGUGCAACUGACGAGGAGAUUACCGAGAGACGAGAGAAUCCGGAAGAGGACAACAAGGGUCUGAAGAUGGAGCACGUGUCACGAAUGAACAACUCAGAGUAUCCGGAGAGCUGUGUUGUUGGCACCAAAGAGGAUGAGAUCAUUAAAGAGAUCGAUGUUCAUUUUGAUGAUUUUGAUGAUACGACGAGUGUUCUGAAUUCAGUUGCAGGAGGAAAGAAGGGUAAGAAAAUAAUCAAGCAUCAUAAGCAGCCGACCAGAGAAAUCGGUGUCAUUUCGGUUGUGGAGCCACUGAGGAGAAUUCCAGAAGGGAGGCCAAUGACACGGGCAAGAGACCUUGUUUCGGAGACAAACAGGAGUUUGAGCCAGAGCCAAGCUAACUGGUCACAGAAAUUUGAGAGGUACCGCAGGAAGAUCAUCGAGCUAUGGGCGAAAUGCAAUGUACCAUUGGUCCACAGGAGUUACUUCUUCCUCCUCUUCAAAGGAGAUCCUUCGGACAACGUGUACAUGGAAGUUGAGCUCAGGAGACUCUACUUCAUGAAGGACACAGCUGCUCGUGGAAACAACCCGGUCGUGGAUAGUCAGGUCGCUACGUACACCUCUAGUUCGAAGCUUCUAAAUCGGGAGAGGAUAAUGUUGGCCAAACAACUGCAGAAGAAGUUGACGAGAAGGGAAAGGGAAGAGCUUUACCUGAAGUGGAACAUAGAACUCGACACGAAGCAGAGAGCAUUGCAGCUGGCUGGAAAGCUGUGGACGGACUUGAGAAACAUAAGACACGUUAGGGAAAGUUCAAUCCUCGUAGUGAAGCUAAUCGGGUUUGUAGAGCCACAAUAUGCGCCAAAGGAGCUAUUCGGGCUCAGCUUCUUGAACCCGUCAGCUAACCAGAAGUCCUCCAGCUGGAGGGACAACGUGUCCUCUCUUCUAUGAGAGGCUCAUUCUAUCUCUACGCAGUUUGCUAACAAAGAUUAGAUGCCUUUUGUAUACAAUACACAGUAACACACACAACUAAAAUUUUUUGGACAGUUUGGGGAAGUAACGGUCUUUCCUUGUAAAUGAAAGAGAAAGGGCUUUUAAGCCGAGAGUGUAGUAAAAAAAAGGUAAUUUUUGG